ACAGGUGAUGGACACCACUUCAGGAGCUGGAGUUCUUCACCCAUACUGGCCGAGGGAUCUUCACAUACCCAGCUAUGUGGCCAAUGAUCGAUCCAUGUCAGAGAUCCUGGUGUUUCUGUUUUCUGCUUCUGUGACACUUGUGAUUGUGACCUACCUGAUCACCGGCUGGAAGGAGCCCACCAGGCGUCUGGGGUCAUGGAGGCGUCUAGCUGUGUGCUGGUUUGCUGUGUGCGGCUUCAUACAUAGUGUCAUCGAGGGCUGGUUCUCACUUUAUUAUGAUAUCAUUCCAAGAGACCAGAGCUUCCUUUCACAACUGUGGAAGGAGUAUUCCAAAGGAGACAGCAGAUAUGUUAUAGCAGAUAACUUUACUGUGUGUGUGGAGACGGUGACAUCCUGGAUCUGGGGACCAUUCUGCUUUUGGGCUGUGUUUGCCUUCCUAACCAACAAGCCAUACAGAUUUGUACUGCAGCUCAUCAUCUCUCUAGGUCAGCUCUAUGGGGCGGUGCUUUAUUUCUUCACAGAGCACAGAGAUGGCUAUAUCCACAGUGAGUUUGGACACCCCGUCUACUUCUGGUUCUACUUUGUCUUCAUGAACACACUGUGGAUCGUCACACCACUGCUGCUCAUUGUGGACGCAUGGAGACAACUGUCAGCAGCUCAGAUUCACGCAGAUGUCAUCAAGACACAAAAAGCUAAAAAGAAAUGAAGACAGACAUGCAGAACUGACUG